AUUUUUUUAAUUAGAAUAACAAGAACCUAUCUUUGAUGUUCAAAACGAGUUAAUUUAAAUGGCACAUUAAAAUACGGUGGUGGUGGCAGGCAAAAUUCAGAUGUCCUUCGUUCUGUUUAUAGUAUAAAAACAGAUUUUUAUUAAGGUAACUUAUCAUUCUCACUUGGAAUAUCACACAAAAUGAAAGCUUUUUUGUGUGUUGCCCUUCUUACCGUUUUGGCAGUUUCUUCUGCCAAAAACAUCGAACCAAAAAACUCAAAACGUGAUGUUUCUGAGCUUUUGAACGGUGGAAAUGGCUUCAGCAGCUAUUCCUCUUCCUCUUCCUUAGGAAGCGGACUUGGAUACUCUUCCGGAUCCAUCUUGGACGGUGGUGCCACCUUUGGAUCAGGAUCUUUUGGAGGUGCUUCUUUGGGAAGCUUAUCUUCAUUCGAUAACAGCGCUGCUUCUUUGGGAGGUGUAUCCUCUUUGGGAGGUGUAUCUUCUUUGGGAGGUGUAUCCUCUUUGGGAGGUGCUUCUUUUGGCGCUUCUUCUUUGGAAGAUGCUUCCUUUGGAACUGCUUCCUUAGGAGGUCUCUCCACCUACAAUGCUGGUUCUUCCCUCAUCGGAGCUGGUUCCUUGGACUCUGCUGCUUUGACUGGAUCUUCCUUGUCUGGAGCCUCUUUCGGUGAUGCUUCCUUGGGUGGAGUAGGUUUGUCUGGUGCUUCCUUUGGAGGUUCCAACUUGGGUGUAUCUUCCUUCGAUAACUCCGCUGCCUUGAGCGGUCUUGGAUCUUUCGGCGGUAUCUCCACCUUGGGAGGAAUUGGUGCCGGUCAAGUUUCUGUGGGUCAUGUUCAAGUGGGUGCCCCAAUCGCUUCCGUUUACCAGGCCCAAGCCGGUCAAAUCAUCGGCAAAUCUUUGGGAAUCAACGUUAACAACCACGUAGUCAAGACUGUUGUAGAAAAGGUAGCCGUCCCAGUACCAAGACCAAUUGCCGUACCACAAUACAAAACCAUCCAUGUACCAGCCCCUUACGCCGUCAAAUCCCAAAAGAACGUAGCCGUACCAUACAAAGUAACUGUACCAGUUGCCGUAGAAAGGCCAGUUCCAGUGCAAGUACCACACCCAGUCCCAGUACCAGUACAAGUACGUGUACCAGUAGAAGUACAAAGACCAUACCCAGUUAAAAUCACCAAAACCAUCGCUGUACCAGUAGAGAAACCAGUAUACAUCCGUGUACCACAUCCAGUCAAAGUACCAGUAAACCAACCCGUUCCAGUAGCAGUCAAAACCCCAGUCCACAUUAACGUACCACACCCAGUAAUCGUUAAGGUACCAGAACAAAUCAACAUUGGAUCCCGUGCACACACACACGUCCAAUACAACUCUGGACUUAGCUCUGGACUCGCCUCCGGAUACUCUACUGGACUAUCUGGACUCUCUGGAAUCGGUUCCUUCGGAGCCUCUGACGUAAGCUUGGGUUCCGGCCUUGCUUUUGGAGGUCUUAACUCUGGAAUCAGCACUGGUGACAUCAGCUACGGAUCCACCAGCUACUCUGGCCUCGGCUCCGGAAUUGGCUCCGGUGCCGCUGACUUCUCUUCUUUUGGAACUUCUGGACUCGCCUCUGGAUCCGGUCUUGCUCUUGGCUCCGGAAUCAACACUGGUGCCGCUGACUUCUCUUCCUUCGGAACUUCUGGACUCGCCUCUGGAUCCGGUCUUGCUUUUGGCUCCGGAAUCAGCGCUGGUGCUUCUGACGUUUCCUUCGGAAACUCCGGAUUCACUUCCGGUUCCGGCCUUGCUCUUGGUUCCGGAAUCAGCUCCGGCUCUGGAAUCAGCUCCGGCUUCGAAAACUUUGACUUUGGAUCUGCCGGUUCCAACAUUGAUUUAAGCAAAUUCGCCUCUGGAUCCAACUUUAACUUCGGAUCUGAAGCCGCCAGCAAAUCCGCCGUAGAAGGAUCCGUCUCUGAAAUCGCUUCUUCUGCCUCCUCCGGUAGCGAUGCCUCUUUCUCCUCUGGAAUUGGUUCCUCCAUCUCUGCCGAGACCACCAACGAAAUUGCCAGUGCUUCCACCGACUCCAAAGUAACCAAAUCCCUUUAAAUUGUUCUUAUUCUUGAACUGUUUAUAUGAAUAGUAUUAAAACACACGAAU